AAGUUCCGGUUGUUGUGAAAAGUGGGUAAACUAUUGUUGAGAGAUAUCAGAAAACAGAGAAGUUUUAGCUGAUCCAAUUUCUUUCUCAGAUUAUUUUCUAUAUUCCUAAAAUGGCUACGUUAGUAGAAGGUGGAGACCUUUUGGAAUUAAUUGAAAACUAUGUGAAGGAAAACAAAAUCAUGAUUUUCAGCAAAUCAUCCUGCCCUUAUUGUGUCAAAGUGAAGCAGUUGUUUCAAUCAUUAGGAGUAGAUUAUUUUGCUUUGGAAUUGGAUAAAGAAGAUAAUGGAAGUGAAUUGCAAGACGCCAUGGCUAAGAAAGCUGGUCGGAGAUCUGUUCCUCAGGUGUUUAUCAAAGGGACUCAUAUAGGCGGAUGUGAUGAUACCAUGGCAGCUCAUAAAAGUGGCAAACUUGUGUCUUUAUUGUAAUAAUUUGCUAAUAGGAAUGUGGUUAAUGUUUUAAGAUGCUUUUGCAAUUUUAUGUUCAUUUGUAAAGUUAGCUUUAAUCAAAUUAUAAAAGCAGUUGUAUUUUAUGAUGAUUUAAAGGGGCUUUAAAAAUUUGUACCAGCCUUGGAUCUGGUAAGAUUGUGCUUAAAGCGUUUUUGAUACAUUUGUACCUUCAGUGUAAAAAUUUUUAAUCUUUUUGUAAUUAUUCUCAUGUACUUAAAAGUCUCUCAUAUCGCUUCUGCAAUGUAAUUUUUACUGUAGUUAAAAUGGCAUAUUUACAGUAUUGCAGAUAUUACAAUUGUGUGGGGCACCCCAUGACAUAAGAGUCCCAAAAGGGAUCCUAAACUAAAAAAAAAUGUUUAUGCUAAACAAAUGGACUCUCCAAAAAUGCAUUGUGGCAUUCUCCGAAAUGUGUGAAUCUGCCACUGCUGUAGUUAGCAAUAAGUGUUAAAAUAAUUGAUGUGUAAUAAAUUAAUAUCAUUAGAAUGACUUGAUUUAAAUGCAUCCUUCAUUAGCUAUACUUUUAUUUGAACAUGUUAAUGGUUACUACUGAUUGAUUUCAUUUAAAUUUUUUUGGCAAAGCGAGUGCGAUUGAUAUACUGAUGAUAUAACUUUACAUCAUGUUUAUGUGUUGAUAAGAUUAUAUUUGUAUGACUUUAUGCUACGAUUUGAUUUUGAUUCCUUCGAAUUCACAUCCCAAAUCCCAGUAUAAUUUCCAUAAAUAUUGAGCAACUAUUUAACACUUGAAUGCAUUAUCAAAAAAAAAAAAAUCAUUAUUUUACUUUAGAAGUUGUGCAUUCAAGUGGUUUGGCAGGGAUCAUAUUCUAUUUGCGCCUGUGUGUGUGUGUGGAAGGUAAAAAAGUAUUAGAAUGAGCUGUUUUUUACUUGUUUUAUAAAGAAUGAAUAGUAUAAAAUAUAAUAAAAGAGUUGUACAAUGUAUGUCAUGUUCUAUUUUUAAUUAGUAUUGCAUUAUAUAAUAUAUUUUUUAAAUGAAAAACUUUGAUUUACAUCAAGUUAAGAGUUUUAAUGUAACUAAAUCUUUUCUAACAACAUUUCAUUAUUUUGAAAAGCAAAAUGGAAUCUUACUCAAGAAUAGGGGGGAGGGGUUUGAAAAAUCUUAUGUAUCCUUACCAGGGCCGGAUUUAGGGGAGGGCAGGCGGGGUUACUGCCCUCUGGCCUCCACAACAAAGGGGGCCCCCACAAUAAAAUUUUUACAAAAUAUCCUAACACUUUCACGGGUCAGCAAAUUUUACAUUUUAAGGGCUUACACUCCUUCGUUGCCUGGGGCCUCCACACUUCCA